AUGCCUAAAAGCUGCAUCCCUUCAACCUCCGGCAGGACCAUCAACGGCCAAUUGUUCUUCGAUGAUGCCGGUAUCUUAGACGGACUCCAAUCUGGUAUUCGCUGCCGCAUCUUACAGAACCCCGAGAAACAAGGGCCACCAUCAGGUAGUGUCGAUGAGGCUACUAGAAGCUGGAUAGAAGCCCAAGAGAAAGAUAACUCAGAAUGGGAUCGUGGCAAGAUCACGCAUAACUACAUGGGAAGCUUGGAAAUCUCUAUCUCCAUUCCCGCUCGUGUCCAGUUCUUCGAGGAGUUUGGCUUGACCCUGAUGCAGGCAAUCGUGCCUUUACCAAUGUGCGUCUUCACCCUCGGCUUGAGUCCUGUCGUUGGCGGUCCAUCAUUGGAGGACGUUGGCCGGCACCGCAUCUCAUGA